AUGUUUGGUCUUUUCCGUCCAGUCCAUAAUCAACCUCAACCUACCCUCCGUCUAUUCUUAUCAACCUCUUUUUCUCCUAAAAUUUAUAUCAAAUCAUCCCCAAAAUCUUCAAGACCAGUCCGUCAAUCACCACUAUCCCCAUUACCUCAACCUUCCACCACUACUAGUACUACUACUAACCCAACCUCUCUCAUUUCCAUCUUCAACUACACCUACCCUCCCUUCUCAACUGAAACACCAUUAAACAUGGAAGGUAUCUUUGCAAUCUCAAAACCAUCCGGCCCAUCCUCCGCUCAAGCAGUCAACGCCCUUAAAACUGCUCUCAAUGCAUCCCCCUACGUGGAAAACUCAAGUGCUUGGGCUAAACUCAAUGGCGUCAAAAUUAAACUCACAACAGACAAACGUAAAAAACAGUGGUGGUACAAAAAACACGACAAGAAAAACUCAAUCGGAGGUGUUAAAGUCGGCCAUGGAGGAACACUAGACCCCCUCGCAUCUGGUGUCAUCGUCAUUGGUGUAGGCGAAGGAACUAAAAACCUUACUAAAUAUCUCACCGAUUGUACUAAAGUUUACGAAGCAACUGCAAUCUUUGGAGCUUCAACAACUACCUACGAUGUCACUGGCUCCAUCGUAGAGUACUCCCCAGACCUCUCAGCCCUCACUCAAGACUCCCUCGCCCAAACAAUCAAAGAUAAAUUCACUGGACAAAUCACACAAUACCCCCCAGUCUAUUCCGCCCUCAAAAUGGAUGGUAGACCUCUUUACGAAUACGCAAGAGAAGGUAUCCCUCUUCCACGUAAAAUCGAGCCACGCGCAAGUAACGUCGACUUCUUCGACAUUGUCCCUGGCUCCUUUACCCACAUUACCCUUGAAGAAGCCGCUCUUCCUAAAAUCAUGGCUACAGAAGAAGAACAAGCCUUUUACCUCCGUGAAACAAUGCCUCCACCAUCCAGUGAUCAAUUGGUAACUUCCCCCGUUCCCAUCCAGUUUGUGCGUGUCAAAUUUAGAUUCAGCGUGUCGUCAGGCACCUACAUUCGGUCAUUGAUCCAUGAUGUGGCCCGUGAAAUGGGAGUUUGUGCUUACAUGGCUUCACUUGUACGAGCACAGCAGGGACCCUUUGAGUUGGGUAAAAAUGUAUUUGAUCUCGAUGAUUUGACCAAAAACAUGAAGGACGAAGAGUGGGUCCCCAUGGUCAAGGUCAUGCUGGAAAGGGGACCAGAUAUCACAAUUGAGGAAAUCAAGAAAAUGGCAGAAGAAGAUGCAAAGAAAAAGCAAGAAGAACAAGAAGAAGAAAUUAAGACUGUAGUUGGAGAAACUAAAGAUGGAAAGACUGAGAUUAAAGAGAUUAAAGAUGAAAAGACUAAAGAAAUCAAGGAUGAAAAGUCUAAGACCGAAGAGAUUAAAGAUGAAAAGACUGAGACUGAAGAAAUCAAAUCUGAUGAAAAAACUGAGACCGAAGAGAUCAAAACUGAUGAAAAAACUGAGACCGAAGAAAUCAAAGCUGAUGAAAAACCUGAGACCGAAGAAAUCAAAGCUGAUGAAAAACCUGAGACCGAAGAAAUCAAAGCUGAUGAAAAAACUGAAGCCCCCCAGAAUAAUGUUCAAGAUAAACGUCCUGGAGAACCCCUCGAGGAACCUCAAGCCAAAAAAACAAAACCUUAA